UUCAAAACCCAUUUCUUCACCUUUGAUUGUACAAGUUGGACAUGCAGAGACACUUCAGCCGCUGCUCGCCCUCAUGGGUUUUUUCAAAGAUGAGGAACCGCUCAAGGCAAACAAUUACGUCAGGCAAACGCAUCGCAAGUUCCGCAGUGGCCGCAUUGUGCCUUACGCAGCCAACCUGGUGUUUGUGCUGUACCACUGCGAUCAGGUGAAAACCUCUAGAGAGGAGUAUCAAGUGCAGAUGCUGUUGAAUGAAAAACCGAUGUCAUUUCAUCACUCGAAUGAAACCGUCUCUACUUACGCCGACCUCAAAGACUAUUACAAGGACAUCCUGGAAAACUGCCACUUCAGAGAAGAGUGCGCGUUACCAAAACUUAAUGCUACUGCUACUGAUGAGCUCUGA